AAAUUCUAUUAAUAAUCCACAAGCUAAGCAAAGCUCCUCGUCUCUCUCUCUCUCUCUCUCUCUCUCUCUCUCUAACACACGCGCCCCUAAUCAUUCUCUCUCUGAGACAAAUGGGGACGGUACUCGACUCCCAUUUCUUAGCCCUCACAGCCAUAGUCACCGUAGGGUACCAGCUGUUUUUCUUCAUCAUCACUGCGCUUCUCAGAUUCGACAAAGUUACUGAUUUUGCAGGUAGUACAAAUUUUAUCAUACUUGCUGUAUUAACACUCGUUGUAAAAGGAUCAUGGCAUUUUCGUCAGGUUGUUCUUUCUAUUCUUGUAAUAAUUUGGGGUCUUCGGCUGGGAGUAUUUUUACUCAUGAGGAUUUUACAGUGGGGUGAGGACCGCCGUUUCGAUGAAAUGCGUAAAAAUUUGGGGAAGUUGGCAGCUUUCUGGUUAUUCCAGGCUGUCUGGGUGUGGACUGUCAGCUUGCCCCUCACAAUUGUGAAUGCUAGCGAUAGGAAUCCAUCUGUGAAGCCUCAAGACAUCAUUGGCUGGAUAAUGUGGUUUGUGGGGAUCUCUAUUGAAGCAGCUGCUGAUCAGCAGAAGCUCAAUUUCAAGAACUCCCCUGCCAACAAAGGAAAAUGGUGUAAUGUGGGACUUUGGAAAUAUACUCGUCAUCCCAACUACUUCGGCGAGAUUCUCCUUUGGUGGGGAAUAUUUGUUGGCUCCACUCCGGUCCUUGAUGGUGCCGAAUGGCUCGUAGUUUUUGGACCUAUAUUCCUCACCUUUUUGCUUCUUUUUGUUAGCGGCAUCCCGAUUCUUGAGGAAUCAGCUGAUAAACGGUAUAGCAGCCUAGAGGAAUAUCGCAUUUACAAAAAUACAACUAGUCCUCUUGUUCCACUGCCGCCUGUUAUGUAUGGAAACUUGCCUUCAUGGUUCAAGGUAGCUUUUCUCUUCGAGUUCCCUCUCUAUAAUCGAGGUUUGGUUCGCGAAGGGAUAUUAAGUUGAUGCGCUUGCUGCUUAUUUCCUCAAAAAAGAAAAAAAAAAAAAGGAAAAGAAAAAUGAAGAAGAAGAUCCAAAUAUAAAUCUUGUAUAAUGUUGUAGAAAUUGAAGGACCCAGAAUAACAACACAAUUCCAACAUCUAUUGGUUUCCAUUCUCAUCUUGUCCUGUGCUGUUCCAAUUGUAUAUUACACUCUUGUGGUUUAAAAACAUUAAGCAACAUUAUGCUUU